AUGUUACCGUUUGCUUGGCCAUAUCCACCAGAGCAAAAGGAUGGAUACUGGGGCAUUCCCACUUCUACAAUUGAUUGGUGUGAAGAAAAUUAUGUUGUGUCAACAUAUAUUGCCGAAGCCAUAAACACCACGACCAAUGCAUUUUUCAUGUGUUUAGCUCUAUUUGCAUCGUAUCAAGCAUUUCAUAACCAUUUCGAAAAGAGAUUUAUCUUAACUAGUGCUGGGUUUUUUCUUGUUGGCUUAGGGUCGUGGUUAUUUCACAUGACUUUGAGAUAUCAUUUCCAAUUAUUGGACGAAUUGCCAAUGAUUUACACAACCUGUAUUCCACUUUGGUCUAUAUUUAGUGAAUUUAAGACCAAAAGACAAUCUUUUUUUGUUGGGUUGAUGAUCUUCGUUUCAGCUGCUACUUUGACAAUUACUUAUUUGAAGAUUCGGAAUCCAACUAUUCAUCAAACCGCUUAUGGUGCUAUGAAUGCUCUUGGAAUUGUGAAGUCAACUAGUUUAUGCUCAAAAUAUGUUCAUGAUCCUAAAGUUAAACGCCAAAUGAAUACAAUGGCAUUCUUAGGUAUCGGAUUAUUCGUCUUUGGUUACCUAUUGUGGAAUUUGGAUAUACAUUUAUGUGAUCAAGUGAGAUCUACCAGAAGGGAAUGGGGAAUGCCAUAUGGGUUUGUAUUGGAGGGCCAUGGAUGGUGGCAUAUUUUCACCGGCAGUGGUGUUUAUUACUGCUUAAUUUACGAAGAAUAUUUGCGGUGCUUUUUAACUGGUACUGAAAAAUACUACAUCCUUAGUUGGGUUUGGGGUUGGCCAGUGGUUAAAUGUAUCGAUCCUGAAGGAUUGCAAAGAUACAAGUCGAUAAAAUCAUUGGCUGCUAAAGAUGAACGAGUAAAGCAACAAGACUUGAAAGUUAAGCAACAUUGA